GUGCCCACCCUUGGUUCCCAGGAGGGAGCGUUUGAGAACGUGCGUAUGAACUACAGUGGGGACCAGGGCCAGACCAUCAGACAGCUCAUCAGUGCCCACGUGCUGCGUCGCGUCGCCAUGUGUGUGUUGUCUUCGCCCCAGGGCCGUCGCCAGCACCUCGCCGUCAGCCACGAGAAGGGCAAGGUGGGCACUGGCACCACACACAAGGACACGCAGGGACACACAGGCAGGGACACACACAGGCAGAGAGACACACACACACACACAGGCAGAGAGACACACACACACACGGGCAGACACACACACACACACACACACACACAGGCAGAGACACACACACAGGCAGAGAGACACACACACACACACACGGGCAGACACACACACACACACACACACACACACACACACACAGGCAGAGAGACACACACAGGCAGAGACACAGGGUUCAUGUGGGGUCAUACUGGUUUCUUCGUGCCAUUGUUGCACUAAAUUGUGUGCUUUUAGAUGCUAACCAAUCUUGGUUUAAUUGAACCAGAACGCUAGGUACCCCUUAUGUCUGGUGCUGAACCAGGGUUCCCUAACCCUCUGCUCUCUCCUCUCCUCUCCUGUCCUGUCCCCCUUCUCCCCUCGUCUCCAGAUCACCGUCCUGCAGCUGUCGGCUCUCCUAAAGCAGGCUGACUCCAGUAAGAGGAAGUUAACCCUGACUCGUCUGGCCUCGGCCCCCGUCCCCUUCACCGUGCUCAGCCUCACUGGGAACCCCUGCAACGAAGACUACCUGGCUGUCUGUGGACUCAAGGUUAGUCAGAUUCACUAAAUGGCCUUCAGAAGCUUCUACCACUGUUGUGGAAAAUAACCACUGUACUUUAUUAAAAAUCAAAGGUCUUAAUGAUAAUCCAUUAAAAAUACACAUCACCACGUAGACAUGGUAGGCUAUGUCUACGAUUCCUCACAUCCUGGCUUCUUGCCUCCCUCUCAACCAUAUGGGGGCAGAGGGUUCAAGGUCCUCCCCUUUGACCUUCUUCUCCAAUGCGUUUUCAGAAGGAGGCGAGGAGAGAAUGCAAGGAAUUGAGAAAGAACCCCUGUCUCUAGAUUUAGGGCAUAUCUAAGUAUUCAGACUAGGGCUGUUGCGGUGACCGUAUUACCGCCACACCGGCGGUCACGAGUCAUGAAGGCAGUCAAAUUCCACGUUUAGUCAUGGUAAUUAUCCUUCUCCAAGCUCUGAUGCUGCUGAUGGUCUACCAAACUUGCUAACUGCCUGGUACUCAGCACUCCAUUGUCCCUCUAAUCACUCUGACAUCAAUGCAAUUGAAAAUCUAAUCAAACACUUCAUGAGAGCCCAUGAGCUCAUGUUGCGCAACAUUUCUAUAGGCUAUGCAGUUGCAUGAGAAAACAGAGUUUUGAUGGCCUCUAUUAAAAAGAGGAGGAUCCCAUCAGCUUUCUAUAGGCUAGGCCUACUAUAUUUAUUUCUCAACUUUCCUAAUAUUAAGCACAUUGCUUCUCUUUACAACAGGAGUAUAGCCUACCUGGCUGGCAUGAAAAUGAACCACGGGGAAAAGCAUCCUCCAUUCGCUAUUUAAGUGCAUAGAUGACAUGUAUUUUUUCCCCUGCCUCUGUUCUGAGACAGGUGCAUGAUAAUGGUCCAUUCUAAAUCAAAACUAACUUCAUACAUAUAUUAUAGUCUCCCGAGUGGCGCAGUGGUCUAAGGCACUGCAUCGCAGUGCUAGCUGUGCCACUAGAGAUCCUGGUUCGAAUCCAGGCUCUGUCGUAGCCGGCCACGACCAUGGCGUUUGCAAUGCCAGGGUUGUGGGUUCGAUACCCACGGGGGGCCAGUAUGAAAAAAUAAAAAAUAAGAUAAUGUAAGUCGCUCUGGAUAAGAGCGUCUGCUAAAUGACUAAAAUGUAAAAAUGUAAACGUAAUUUAACAUAUGUAAAGACAAGAUUAAAUCAAGAAUAGUGUGAUGGGUGACAAUAUUAGCCUUAAUUAGCCAUAAUUAUAUAUUAUCUCUUGUGAAUGAUGCCCAGCGUAAGAAACAAUGCUUUUUUUUGUGACUUUUUCUAAUCAUAGUCGCAUACCUCAUGUAUCCUUGCCCAUAGGCCUAUAUGUUUUAAUAAAGUUUAUAUCACAACUAAAGUGGUCAAAUAACGUCUUAAAAUUAAGCACAUUAAUCUGCUUUACGAGGGGUGCAGAGCCCAACUGGCAUAUAUAAGUACCGCGUGAGUUUCAAGUUUGGGGAAGAUAAUUUUCACCAUAAAAAUGCACGUUUAUAAUAAAAGCAUUACAUGCAUUUGCGGUCACUUUUGAUCAUGGUGUUUUUCCGCUAAUGGAACAUUCAAACGUAUAGCCUACUGCCCCGUACGCAUUGCUGCACUUAUAAUGUGAAGAAAUAGCCUAAUAGUUUAUCAACAUUUUAAGCUAAACGUUCUGAUCUGUUAUGUCAGCCACUUUGCGUAAAAAAUGUUUUUUUGAUGCUAGUGGUUGUAUUAAUUUGGGAUCUAUCGCAUCCCACAACUGUCCCAGACUAUGUUUGGAAUAUUUAUUUCUCGCAAAGAAUAGAAAUGGGUUGACUGUGGGGGAUAGUAGAUUGACAUAGGCUAGCGCUUUUGCUGUUCAUUAAGCCUACUCAUCUUGUUGGCUGACGAAAAGUAAAUGGGGACAGUUCUUCCAAUAUCUUCAAUAUGCACCUCGGGAAUUGGAUAAGAAGACGCGCAGUUGGGUCCCCAAUGUGUCUGUCUUCACUUGUAGCCUGUGAGAAAGACCCGAUCACGUGAUGGAGAACCAUGUGAGUGAGAGGUGCUUCGGAGCGUGCAGCAUUUUUUUUUAGGGUGGCAUUACGGUCACACAAAGGGGAUGCCGCCCGUGAAAUUCGAGGUGUUAUCAAGUGCUUGUCAAAUUGUGACUGAUGAAGUGUGUACAGCCCUGCCCAAAAAACAAAGCAGAGCUCGUGGCUUUUCAAGCAACUUUUUUCAAAUCAUCAUUGGAGUCGCAUCAUGCAGCCCAACGUUUGUAGAACAACUAAAGUUACAUAAAUACCUCUAAAUUAAGCAUAUAGGAGGACCUGUUUCUUUGUUAACCGCUCAACACAGAAUAGCCGCAUGUGCGCACUCCCUCAAAUCAUUUGGAGAAAAUAUCCUUUCUAUUUUAUUCAGCUUUGUUCAAUUGUAUUCUUCACACUAUAAAAUAAUGCCACGGAAUUCUUAGCAAAUCUUGUCUGCUAAAUGAACUAGUGUAGCCCACAGCCAUUUGGCAUAGCCAGAUCAGGACCUAACAUAAUGCAGAGGAUGCUAUUCUGUUCUUCUGAAAUAGACUACAUUUUCUUCAUAUCAUACUUCUUAGACCUGUCAAAUAAAUAAGGGAUUUAUUGUGAAGGUGUAGGCUAUAUUACAUGGAUUUGUUAGACUUUUUAAAAUGUAGAUGUUCCAAAGGUCUGCAUCAGUGGCUAGUAGGCUGUGUGUGGAAGCCAGGAGAUGCUAAAUGUGUUUAUGUUAAUUAACGGUUAAUUUACCGUGAGACCGACAGUUAUUUGCUUGACAAUCACCGGCUGAAGAAAUUCCGUGACCGCCACAGCCCUAAUUCAGACCCCUUCCCCCUUUCCACAUUUUGUUAUGUUACAGCCUUAUUCUAAAAUGGAUUAAAUACAUGUUUUUCCUCAUCAAUAUACACGCAAAACCCCAUAAUGACACAGCGAAAACAGGUUUUUAGAAAUUGAAAUGCAAUAUUUAAAUAAGUAUUCAGACCCUUUGCUUUGAGACUCGAAAUUGAGCUCAGGUGCAUCCUGUUUCAUCCUUGAGAUGUUUCUACAACUUGAUUGGAGUCCACCUGUGGUAAAUCCAAUUGAUUGGACAUGAUUUGUAAAGGCACACACCUGUCUAAAUAAGGUCCCACAGUUGACAGUGCAUGUCAGAGCAAAAACCAAGCCAUGAGGUCGAAGGAAUUGUCCAUAGAGCUCCGAGACAGGAUUGUGUCGAGGCACAGAUCUGGGGAAGGGUACAAAAAAAUGUCUGCAGCAUUGAAGGUCCCCAAGAACACAGUGGCCUCCAUCAUUCUUAAAUGGAUGAAAUUUGGAACCACCAAGACUCUUCCUAGAGCUGGCCACCCGGCCAAACUGAGCAAUCGGGGGAGAAGGGCCUUGGUCAGGGAGGUGACCAAGAACCUGAUGGUCACUCUGACAGAGCUCCAGAGUUCCUCUGUGGAGAUGUGAGAACCUUCCAGAAGGACAACCAUCUCUGCAGCACCAGCAAUCAGGCCUUUAUGGUAGAGUGGCCAGACGGAAGCCACUCCUCAGUAAAAGGCACAUGACAGCCCGCUUGGAGUUUGCCAAAAGGCACUUAAAGGACUCUCAGACCAUGAGAAACAAGAUUCUCUGGUUUGAUGAAAUCAAGAUUGAACUCUUUGGCCUGAAUGCCAAGCGUCACAUCUGGAGGAAACCUGAUACCAUCCCUACGGUGAAGCAUGGUGGUGGCAGCAUCAUGCUGUGGGGAUGUUUUUCAGCAGCAGGAACUGGGAGACUAGUCAGGAACGAGAGAAAGAUGAACGGAGCAAAGUACAGAGAUCCUUGAUGAAAACCUGCUCCAGAGCGCUCAGCACCUCAGACUGGGGUGAAGGUUCACCUUCCAACAGGACAAUGACCCUAAGCACACAGCCAAGACAACCUGGCUUCGGGACAAGUCUCUGAAUGUCCUUGAGUGGCCCAGCCAGAGCCCGGACUUGAACCCAAUCGAACGUCUCUGGAGAGACCUGAAAAUAGCUGUGCAGCGAUGCUCCCCAUUCAACCUGACAGAGCGUGAGAGGAUCUGCAGAGAAGAAUUGGGGAAACUCUCCAAAUACAGGUGUGCCAAGCUUAUAGCGUCAUACCCAAGAAGACUUGAGGCUGUAAUCGCUGCCAAAGGUGCUUACAUUUACAUUUACGUCAUUUAGCAGACGCUCUUAUCCAGAGCGACUUACAAAUAGGUGCAUUCACCUUACAGCCAGUGGGAUAACCACUUUACAAUGUUUUUUUUUUUUUUUUGGGGGGGGGUUGGAGUAAAGGGGGGGGGGGGGGGUAGAAGGAUUACUUUAUCCUAUCCCAGGUAUUUCUUAAAGAGGUGGGGUUUCAAAUGUCUCCGGAAGGUGGUCAGUGACUCCGCUGUCCUGGCGUCGUGAGGGAGCUUGUUCCACCAUUGGGGUGCCAGAGCAGCGAACAGUUUUGACUGUUUUGACAGUUUUGACACAGUACUUUGCUUCAACAAAGUACUGUGUAAAGGGUCUGAAUGGUUAUGUAAAUGUGAUAUUUCAGUUUUUGCUUGUCAUUAUGAGGUAUUGUGUGUAGAUUGAUGAGGGGAAAAAAACUUAAUCAAUUUUAGAAUAAGGCUGUAACAUAACAAAAUGUGGAAAAAGUCAAGGGGUCUGAAUACUUUCAAAAUGCACUGUAUAUAUGUUUAGCUUUAUUUGGAGAACUUGCUAGCAGGCCACAGUGGAACCCUGAGUAGUAAUAUCUCUCUCCUCUUCUCUCUCUCUCUCUCUCUCUCUCUCUCCCUCUCCUCUCCUCUCCUCUCUCGCUCUCUCGCUCUCUCCUCUCUUCUCUCGCUCUCUUCUCUCUCUCUCUCUCCUCUCCUCUCCUCUCCUCUCCUCUCUCAGGACUGCCACGUUCUGACUUUCAGCAGUACAGGCUCCGUAUCGGACCACCUGGUGCUGCACCCUCAGCUGGCUACUGGGAACUUCAUUAUCAAGGCUAUCUGGCUGCCUGGCUCCCAGACUGAGCUGGCCAUCAUCACGGCCGACUUCGUCAAGGUACUACAUCCGCUCUUAUAAAGUUUGCUUUUAUAGUUCAUGGCUAAGUGAUUGCUUCAAGAGAUUCCUGGGCAAAUCCUUUUGCAAACCAGCUCUUGAGGUAGUAUAAUCUGCAUGCCUUAGACAGGGACCUAACUGUAAAAAAAAACUAAUUCACAGUAAGCAUAGAGGAGAGGAGAGGAGAAUGGAAAAUCCACAGUCUUAGUUUUUUCCUUAUAUCUUCCAAUAGGAGAAUGGAAUAUAAGGAUUGAUUGCAUAACAGCGUUGAUUGGUUUGACUUUUAGUUUCUUCUCUCCCUUCAGAUCUAUGACCUGUCAGUGGACGCUCUGAGCCCUGUGUACUACUUCCUGCUGCCGAGCUCCAAGAUCCGAGACGCCACCUUCUUGUUCAACGAGGAAGGGAAGAGCAUCAUCGUCAUCAUGUCCUCUGCUGGCUACAUGUACACACAGGUCAUGGACGAGUCGUCCAGCGCCCAGCACGGACCCUUCUAUGUUACCUCAGUACUGGAGAUCAACCACCAGGACCUCAAGGUACAUACACAUACCUGGGUUGAACACAGAAAUUGUUCAUGUAGUUUCUCUGUACUUUCAAAACAGAGCGCCUGCCUGGAUUGCCAGAAUGGGUGGGGUUUGCUUUUGGGCCGGGCAAACUCAAUCAAGCGCAGCUUGAGGAGGUGGCAGAGGAGGAGUGUCUUUACUACAGCCAUGGUCUCCAGAUGCUUUACUACAGCCAUGGUCUCCAUAUGCUUUACUACAGCCAUGGUCUCCAGAUGCUUUACUACAGCCAUGGUCUCCAGAUGCUUUACUACAGCCAUGGUCUCCAGAUGCUGUUCUUCAGCUGACUGACUGACGGACUGACUGACGGACUGACUGACGGACUGACUGACGGACUGACGGUCUGACUAACUGACUGACGGUCUGACUGACUGAUGGACGGUCUGACUGACUGACUGACGGACUGACUGACGGACUGACUGACGGACUGACUGACGGACUGACUGACUGACUGACUGACUGACUGACUGACGGACUGACGGUCUGACUGACUGACUGACUGACUGACGGACUGACGGUCUGACUGACUGACUGACUGACUGACUGACUGACGGACUGACUGACGGACUGACUGACGGACUGACUGACGGACUGACUGACGGACUGACUGACGGACUGACUGACGGACUGACUGACGGUCUGACUGACGGUCUGACUGACUGACGGUCUGGUAUAACGGUCUGACUGCUCUCUCUGUUCUGACUGCUCUCUCUGUCAUUCCAGGACAGUAACGGUCAGGUUGCUGGAGGCGGUGUAUCUGUGUACUACAGCCACGUUCUCCAGAUGCUGUUCUUCAGCUACAGCCAGGGCAAGUCGUUUGCUGCCACCGUCAGCCGCAGCACCACCGACGUACAGAGACUCUUCACCAUCAACGUCAAAGGGUAAGGAUGAUCAACUGAGUAUCGAGUAUGGACAAACAUUUUAGAUUUUUUUUAUUUGUAUUAAUAAGUAGACAACUGGAUCAUUAGAAUUAUGCACCACUUGUUGUAAUUGGACAAAAUUUGUCAGGAGUAUAAUCCUUAGAAAAAUAAAAAGCCUUAAAAAAAUUCUCUAACUCUCUCCCUCCUCCCUCCAGCUCCAACGGUGGCGGUAAGACGUCUCCAGCUCUGUGCCAGUGGUCUGAGGUGAUGAACCACCCAGGCUUAGUGUGCUGCGUCCAGCAGACUACUGGCAUUCCUCUGGUCAUCAUGGUCAAACCUGACACCUUCCUCAUCCAGGAGAUCAAGACCCUGCCCGCUAAGGCUAAGGUAUAG